UUUUCCAGAAAAUUUCAGGAAAAUCAGAGCAUUGGUUCGAAAGUUAUGCUACCCCUAAUAUCGCUAUAAUCAAUUCUUUCAUAGCACCUAUAUAUAAAACAGAGAAAGUAGACAAUCGAUCAAAACACGACCCCCAAAAUUUACAAAUUUUUGAACUUAGCGACCUUAAAACGUCGAGAAAUGCAAAAAAUUUAGUUAUAUUUUCUGUAUGUAUGGAUGCUAGUGUGUGCUUAACGCCACUGAAAUUACCAUUAAAUCGAGUUUGGCGUUAAACUAAAGAACCUUUAAGAAGAAGAAUUCGAGUGUUUUAAAGUCACGUGACUAGGUCACUUUCAAGUCACGUGACUCGCGAACACUGAUGUGUCACCUGAUAAUAUAGUUUACAACGCAAAAGAAAUCGUUGGUUCGGUAAUUCACACGCUAUUAAAGGGAAGAUCCUAUUUAAUAUUUAUGGGAAGAUCCGUUCACAGCGUUCAUUGGCGCUUUACAAGGGUGGACGUAAUUAGGAUGACGUUAUAUCGAGGUGGCGGUUUGUGAAUCGAAGAAGGCGCACCAUCGCUACUUGGUCCGAACCAUCACCGAGAGGAAAUGCCAAGAUUGAGAUUAAGAAGACUUUUUCUCACUUUGACAGCCAUCGCUUGUGGUUCUUUGUUAUUAUUAAACUUCAAAAUACGGGAAACAAUCUUAUCCGGAAGGACAGAUCAAACAACGGAAGUUACACUGAGGAAAUCAAACAUCCGGGCUUUGUCGGUGGCUUCGACGACAUCCGUUUUUCCGGGAAUCGAAGAACUGGAGGAGUCCCAACCGACAUUAUCAAAUAUCGAAAAGUAUUGGUUCAUGAAAGAUGGAAUGAUACGUCCUCUGACAAUACCCAACGCAUCACCUAAAGAUUUACCACAGCCAAGGAUCUGGCCCCACGAGGAAGAUGGAGAUCGAAUAACUAAUCAAUUGAUGUAUAUACCACCGGGAUACGAACCGGAAGACAACACAACCAAACCACCUAAAUUGAAGAAGAUCUUAUUAUAUUUCGGUAGGGGAGGUUGGCACGAUUUACCAAUGGGGCGCACGGUUUUUCAAAGAGACAAGUGCCCAGUCGAUAAAUGCGAACUAACCACGUCACACAGCCAAGCGGCAACGGUGGAUGCCAUAUUCUUUAAGGAUCGAUUUUCAUGGCCUAAGCACAAGAGAUCUCCAAACCAAGUUUGGAUCCUCUUCCUCUUGGAGUGCCCAUUGCACACGCAAAGGUUCGGCAAUUUGGGUGGGGUUUUCAACUGGACUGCCACGUAUCGUCACGACUCGGACGUCGUUGCACCAUACGAAAAGUUCGUUUCUUACUACGAAGAAAGUGUGCCUCUGCCCACAAACGUCCGCAAAAAUUACGCAGCAGGCAAGACGAAGAAGGUCGCCUGGUUUGUCUCAAAUUGUGCCGCCCGUAACCAUAGACUACAAUACGCAAGAGAGCUUUCGCGCCACAUUCAAGUUGACAUUUAUGGCAUCUGUGGUAACCAUAGAUGCCCCAGGACUCACGCUAGAAAGUGCUUUCAAAUGUUAGAUCGGGAUUACAAAUUUUAUUUGGCAUUCGAAAAUUCGAAUUGCAAAGAUUACAUCACCGAAAAAUUCUUCGUAAAUGGUCUAGGGCGUGACGUCAUACCAAUUGUCUUAGGAGCCAAGCCAGAAGACUACAGGAGGAGCGCACCAUACCAUUCGUACAUCCACGUGGAAGACUUUGAUACACCCAAAGACUUAGCCGAAUAUUUAAUGAUCUUAGAUAAAAAUGAUACACUUUACAAUGAAUAUUUUCGAUGGAAAGGAACCGGAGAAUUUGUUAACACAUACUUUUGGUGCAGAUUAUGUGCAAUGUUACACGCCCCACCACAGCCAAAAGUCUAUAGAGACAUGCACGCUUGGUGGUCAGGUGCAGGGACUUGUACCAGUGGAAGCUGGAAAAAAUCAGUAGAAAAAAAACCCGAUAGCGGUUGAAAUUUAUAAUUAAUAGUCUUUAAAAUUUAAUUUCUAUAAAAUCACUUUUUUACAAACAAAAAAAUAAUAACAACAAAAAACAAAAUAAUUAUAUAUAUAUAUAAAUGUAUAUCUUCUCCGCUUGUCUUUCAGAUAAAUAUUUAUAUAAAAAUAUGAAAAAAAAUUAGGUUUGAAACGAAGAGUAAUGAGAUAAGAACUUAAAUAAUUACCUUAAUAAUAAUUACAGUGAUACCUCGGAACUCGAACUCCAGAACAUUUCGAGUUCCAGAAGCAAUUUUUUUUCACGUAAGGAACAAUUAAUCCGUUCCCAAAUGCUUAUUUUAAUCAUAAUUUAGGCUAAAAUAACACAAUUAAAUGCCCUAAUUAAUGCAUGAAACAAUGAAAAAUAAUCAUAAUAAUGGAUUAAAAACACUAAAACGUAGUGUAAAUAAUGCAGUAGGUAGAAGUGUCCCAAAUUCGUAUCAAGGGAUUUUUUAUUAUUUUUAGCCCAAAAUUAAAAUUAACUCAAUCUCGUAACACUGCAGCGUCACGUGCAAAUAUCAUAUACCUUUCAGAAUGGCCGUUUUUGUGUUCAAAUUCCAAAAAAAGUUGGGGAAAAUUUCCUCGAAGAAAUUCGGAUUUCAACUUGUUCGAUUUCUGGAACGUUUGAGUUCCGAGGUACCACAUAUAUUAAUUAGCUUAUUAAUCAAUUUUACAGUUUUUAAUAAGCAUAAAUUGCCAUUAAAUCGAACAAAUAUUUAAGGAAAAAAAUCAAACUUAUCGUUCGAUAAAAUAAUAUAUAUUAUCAAUUUGAUAAGGGAAGAAAAUCUCGCAUCAUUAUCACCCAUUUUUAUUUAAUAUAUAUGAUAUUUGAUACGAGAAAAAAAUUUUAUUUAUUUCCUUUAUUUGUAAUGUGCUAACAUUAGAAAUUAUUUAUGUCUAAACUAGAUAAAAAAUUCCUUCUUACAUUCAUUUACUAUUAUUUUUUCAAGUUCAUACACAAAUAUUUCAGCUUGAAACGUUUAUAUCAAGCCAUCCAGUUGUAAAAAAAAAUCAUAUAAAAUUACAAAAUUUACACAUUUUUCAAUAGAAAAUAAUUUUAAAUAUUUAAAAAUAUUGACUUA